CUCCUCAUGCCCACUGGAGAGCAGCAGCCUCAACGAAGAAGGAGAACAUGUCAGGAUCAAGCAAGAUGGAUCUAGAUGUCAUGACAGUGAAACCGUGAGUUUGAAAAAGCUAUGCUGACCCAACAUCACUGAAGAGGACUAAAAAAGCUGUUCUAUUUGAAACCUCUCUGUUGAACAUCAAGUCACCGACAGAUGUCAGCAACCGUGUGAGCUAUUGGGAGGGAAACUAACACUAACACAAGACUCACUGACACAAGAUGUUAGGUCAAUAUUUGUUUAGACUGUAUUACACUGACGGUGUUUAAAAUAAUACUUAAAGUAUAAUCAUUUGAAAAGUUUAAUAUUCUUGUACUGUACAGUAAUAAGAUAUGGUUAAGAUAUUUAGAGUGGAGAAAGAAAGUUGAUAGUACAUGUCUCAAGUUCUGCACAAAUGCCUUCUUACUUUCCCGUGUAAACAACACCUUGGAAUGGAAGUGCAUUUGUCAAUUCUAUUUAUGUACAUUCACAGCUCAAUGUUGCCUGCACAGGAAUGCAGGCACAGAAAAAAAAAACCUCAUAAUCGAAUGCUGGAAGAUGUCUUGUCAGUACAGUGCAUUACAUGCCAUUCCUUCAUGCUCUUUGCCAUUAUAUCGAAACUAAUGAAAAACGUUUUUUUAAAAACAAAAACAAAUUAAUUAAUUGAAAUGAAUCACAGAGAUGAACAUUCUCAGACAAGUCAGAACUCAACUUUGCAACUGCACACCUUCAUAUUAGACCCAUUUAAAAGGAUCCCUGAUGAUUAAAACACAUUACAGCUACAUGAAUGGUUUUUUUAACCCGAAAAAUGUUUUUGGUUCUCCUAACAAAUCUUUCAUUCUUAAGCUGCCAUUGUUGUACUAAGUGAAAAAAACUUGGUUGCAUCUAAUCGAGGCACAAUUUAAGUGCAGCAGUCAAACUACUACCCAGGAAUUCCAUUAGUAAAACCAGUGGUUGAGUGGUAAACUCAAAGCAAGGGGGAUGGUCAAAGAUUGAUUCUGAUUAUUGGGGGUUCUGGGAUUUCUCCUCAGUGAACAUUUUGAAAAUGUAGUUGUUAAUAGUGCAGUUUUAACACAAUAUGUGAAGAAGGGAGGCCUGUUUUAGAGGAGGAUGAUUUUUGACCAUUGUCAUCGAGGGGGGUGAUUUUAGACCAUUUUCAUUGUAGGGGGGAUGGCAUCCCCCCUCAUCCCCCUACAACUCGAGCCCUGAGUAAAACCCAACUCACACUCCUUAAACUCUGAAGUGGCCAAGUGACUAAGGACUACAGUAAGUAUGGACUGACAGUGAGCUUCUCUCUUCUACUACUGUUGAUGCCUGUGCACUUCAUGAUCGCAACAGACGUAGUACAAGUCGUGCACCGCACUACAUGACCAACAUGACAAGUCCUACCUUCAAAGAGAUUGGCUGGAACAGACCAUGGGGAAGGCCUUUAGGCGCAUUGUUUUUGGACAACUGCUAAGGUGGAUAUAUCUGUCAGGCACUAGAGAGAGGCUCUGAUUGGCACAAACAGGCCCUCACAUCAACAGCUGAGUCCUAAGAAUGGAGAGUACCGCGGUGACAGAGCACCACACACCACACGGACACUGUAUAGGGGUUAAGGCUAAAUUUAGAUGCAAGGCCUAGUUACUGUAUGCCAGUCAUCUGAUAUUUAUACACCUUGGGGUAGCGUUACACCAUUCUAGUAUUUUCCAAAUGAACAUGUACCGUUUGUACCAUGAGUUUGUUGCCGUUGUUGAUUGAACAUGUGUAUUUUCACAAAAAAAACAAGUAUCAAAUAGUAUUUCUGUAGUUGUAAAGCAGUUCCACCAUGUGUUACAAGUUAACCGGAAGCCAGACACACUUUAGGCUUUUGUUCUGCAUCUACAGCAGUUGUCCUGUGCGUGCAUCAAUGUAUGUGUAGUAGCGUAGAAAUGUGUUUCAGUCACUUGAUGACCUAUCACCUUUUGCAAGGCUGAAUGUGACACCUGCUGCAGAGAGCUACACUGGAGGCGCGAACAUGUGUCUUUUUCUGUUACUGCCUGAGAGUAGGCUCUGGGGGUGGGGAGACGGACUCAGAAUAAGGAUGGCUGCAGUGGGCUGCCCUAACUGUGGUGUAGGGAGAGUGAGGACGUUAUGAAUGACGCUGGAGGGAUUUCACUUCAGAGAGCCCAAAGUGUGAUGGAUUUGUGAAUAGCACUACAACCUUUGUCAGUGGAGUGGAUUAAUCUACAGGUGUUUCCUGAGAGUGAACAAACUUGCCCCAAGGAGAGGAACCAAGGGUGAAAGAGAGUGGAACACGAGUGAAGGUCAACACAGUCAUUUGAAAAACAGAUGAAGGCAUCAGGAAGUAGGCAGGAUUUUUUCCAAUCGACCAUUGCCCUGAAAUUAAAAAGACAAGUCUGAUGUGGAUACGGUUUUGACUUCCCUGAAAUGUGAGACAUUCAAGAAAGCUGAUGAAUGAAUGAGUGGUACUGGCAUAAUCCUAUCUACUUCAUGUUGGCGUAAUGCAAGAUAUGUUGAUGUUAUAUGGUGAUUUUGAUUGAGAAAAAAAAAACUUUGAGGAGGUUGCGCACUGAAUGAACAGACCAUCUAGUUCCAGCAUUGAACUUUCUGCACCUCCUUUUUUUUAGUCCUUUAGGACCCUUUUCAGAAUAUCAGAGGUUAUUGUCCACUCAAAAAAAUCACAGAUGUUUCUGAAUUCUAUCUUGGUGGCCAUAACUGACCUGCCAGCUGGUCUUCUUGGCCAUGGCACCAUUCGCCGCCAUUUUCAUUUGUUGAUAUCGGGCCUUGUCAUCUUUGGACCGGUCCUUAGCCUGUGGGUCUCCCCAUUCGCUAUCUUCGCAAAAAGGACUCAUUUCCUGUAUAGAUUGUUUCUGCAGUCGGCAUGGGGAUGGACCAACGUCUUCGUGGGCUCCUUCAUCUUCCUCCUGGCCUUCUCAGUCAGCCGCUCCCUGCAGCUCUCCCUGCGCCACCUCUCGCGGCUGGUCGUGGCGGGCGCCCUGUGGCAAGGCUUCCGGAAGGUCGUGAGCCUGCUGGAGAACACCAUCGGCAGCUGCUAUGAGCUCCUGGAUGAGAGCAAGGCCGCCGCAGGGGCACAGAAGGCUACAGCAGCGGCGGCGGCAGCCCAACCCCUGCUCCUGCUGCGCGAGGGCCAGAGCAAGGCAGCCUGCCUGAGUGCUGGAAUGAUGUGGCGCGGCUACGAGGUCUCCGAGGACACCUUCCUCCUGUGCCUGUGCUGCCUGCUGCUGGCCGAGGAGAUGGCCGUGUUCGGGCCGUACCUGAAGCUGGGCGGGCCGUCCAGCGCCCCGCUCCGCAUCAUCUUCCUGCUCUGCGUGUGGCUGCUGGGCCUCUGGAUGUUCCUGCUGCUCUGCCUGCUGGCCUACUUCCCCCAGUUCCCCAACCAGCUGCUGGGGGGCGCGCUGGGCUGCCUCAGCUGGCGGGCCCUCUACCAGGGCUGGUAUCGGCUGGGCCCGAGCUGGUACUGCCCAGGGAGGCCGGGCCUGGGACUGUUGGCCACCAAGAAGGAGAAGGAUGGGAAAGCACCGGGGACGGGGACGGGACAGGGCAAUGAUGUGGCAAAACUCAAGUAGAGAUGUGCUGCUGCUGACGCCUGAUGACGCCUGAUGACGCCUACUGCUGCUUUGAACCUUCACUUGAGCAUGGACUGAACCCGGUGGUUGACUUUUACUCCUUAGAUCAGUGGCAUAAUAAAGCUGCAGUGGACACUGACUGCAUUCUGAACUUUGUUUGUUCGUGACAGAUAUGCCAGCCAAGUAAAGAGAGCGACACAUCUAUUAACACCUUGCCUGGUCCAGUGCGUAAACCAAUAUGCUACAGGCCCUGACAUUAAGAGGGCCAGUAUAUUAUGACAGCAACUCAGCAAAACGCCCAGGUCAUAGUGAUCCAUUGCAAAUUGAUGUCAUUUAAAAGGACAGCAGAUAGCACCGUUCCAGCAAAGAGAGUAGAGUAAGAUGAUUCAGGCCCGUGCAUUUCCUGGAUCCAUGUGAUGUCAGGUGAACGCCCUUUUAGAAGACCUUUGGAGGCAGUGGGUGGAUUCCAAUAUGCAGACUCCCUCCUCGGUCAGUACUGGUUGCAUCGCGUUUCGCUGGCGCCCCGCCUCCGUGGAGGAAACAAUGAAGUCUCCCUGCUGUCAGCCUAACCACAAACAUUUUUGGAUGACUAUUCUUUAUUCACCAUCCCGUUUGCAAAUGACAAAAUGGCAUUAAAGUUGCCUUUUGCAAGAUAUUAAAAUACAUUGCUGUUGUCGGUGACGUCAUCACGAGACCACUAGGAGGCAAGUCAGGGAGUCCGCAUAUUGGAAUCCACCCUUUAGGCAGAGAUUCUUUAAGUACAUAGAGAUAUGCCAUUUUAACAAGUUGCUAUGGGCACCUAACGUGACCAAGUUCCGGUCUGCCUAAAGGGGUGUGUCAUAAUGCUCCUAGUAUUGAAUAGAACAGUCCUUAGGUCUGCCUAGGUCUGCCUAAAGGGGGAUUCCCCCCCCCCUCCCUCUUGCAAUAAUAGAACCCGGAAACAAUGGGCCAAUGGAACCUCUCUCUCUCUACUCUCUCUGCUUUAGGUUGAUAAAAACAGGGCUGAUAGUAAUCAGGCUCCAUGCCUAAUUUCAGGCUUGACAGAGUUUGCAAAAAUAAAAACAUUGAUAAUAAUUAGUCGUUAGGUUAUUCUUAUCUCAGAAGGUGUUACUGGUUCAGGGUUUUCUUCUACUAUCAGGCUUGAAUAAUGGUCAUACACAGGCUAUUAAAUGUUUGAAUAAUGUGUCAAAAUAGGCCUACGUUACGUCACUAUGCAGUAUCUUGUCGUCGUCGUUAGAGCAGGGGAAAAAGUUCAGGCUCAGGAUUUUUUUUCACCAUCACCCCUGUAAAAAAAAUGGGAGUUUCCUUGGCACCUUGAGCACACUCCUUUGCGUUGGGUGGGCAGAGUUUGAAUCAUCUUACUCUAAGAAAAUCUUUGGCAUCAGCCCUCUGAAACCUUAUCCAAUUGAAUUAACUGGUUAGAGUUUUGAACACGCCUGCAAAAUGACUUCACUUCUGAUACCACUUCAGGGACUCUGCAUUCAGCUUCUCAGUUUGGUGCUUUCCGUUCACCCAGUUUUCAUGAAUGUGCAGUUUUAGGAAGAUAAUUAAUAAUAUUGUUAAUAAGAAUGGCCUGUUGUAAUUUAGCACUCUUCUCUCUUGAAUUGCAUUAAAAUUCAAUAUUACA